GCAAAGUUUGAGCAACGAGGACCGGAAAUGUGCGCCGCAGAGGCGGCUCCCCGGCGACUCGGCGCCGGAAGUAGUAGUGGCUGGAGAGGAAUUCCGCCGGCUUCGCGAUGGCUGCCAUUCCACCCGACUCCUGGCAGCCGCCCAACGUGCACUUGGAGACCAGCAUGGGGAUCAUUGUGCUGGAGCUCUACUGGAAACAUGCGCCAAAGACCUGUAAGAACUUCGCUGAGUUGGCUCGUCGAGGUUAUUACAAUGGCACCAAAUUCCACAGAAUCAUCAAAGACUUCAUGAUCCAGGGAGGGGACCCAACAGGGACAGGUCGAGGUGGUGCCUCUAUAUAUGGCAAGCAGUUUGAAGAUGAACUUCAUCCUGACUUGAAAUUCACGGGGGCUGGAAUUCUCGCAAUGGCCAAUGCAGGGCCAGACACCAAUGGCAGCCAGUUCUUUGUGACUCUAGCCCCCACCCAGUGGCUUGAUGGCAAACACACCAUUUUUGGCCGUGUGUGCCAAGGUAUAGGAAUGGUGAAUCGAGUAGGAAUGGUGGAAACAAACUCCCAGGACCGCCCUGUGGAUGAUGUGAAGAUCAUUAAGGCAUACCCUUCUGGGUAGACUUGCUGCUUUCUUGGGCACACCCAUGUGUUCUGCAGUGACUCCAGUGAACCAGCUUCCAGAUGACCUAGAGAAACACGUAACUCUAAACUUCAUUCUGGACUAGCAAAUCAUGGUGCUAAGGAAGCCGGGGUCUUGGGUGAGUUAGAACUGGAAGUGUAUUUUAAUAGGAUGCUUCUUUUCUCUUCCACUGGCUCCUAGGUUGACAGAGCAUUUGCAGAAAUGACCAUACAGGAUCAUUUACAGAUGACUUCUCACUGUGAAUGAGCAUACUGCUCCUCCUUGUGUGUGUCUGCUCUAAUACACUUGGAACAAAAUGAAGCCGACUCUGUCAUUUUGCAGUGCCUAAGCAAACUUCUUCCUGCAGAGAUUUAUAUUCUGGCCUACGCUGCAUCUUUGGUGGCUGACAGCCACAGAAUUCAAAACCCAGUAGUGUCUAUCAGCCUUCUUAACUCUGUGCAUACCCUUUUUCAGUCUCCUACAUUUGCUCUUCCACGGAAUGUAUAUAUUUCUCUAUAGAUUUUCCUUCUUGAAACGAGAACAUCAACACUGCUGUUUCUGACACUUAGACAUCCCACGUAAAACCACAUUGAAUUUUUGCCAAAUGAAAAAUGCAGCCAACAAUCAAGUUUCUAAGAAGGUAUCAAGUGGAGAAUGAUAAUGUGUAAUAAUAAUGGAGAAAUGAACUUACUAAAAGGAAGCAGAAGCAUUGACCAUUUUUUUCUCCAGGAAGGAAACCUGUACAGAGCAUAAAGAUAGACUGAAUUCUCCUUAAAAAGCAGUAUUCUCAUAAAGGAGAAGCACCACUUCAGCUUUUUUAAGUCUAAGACUAGAGAAAUUAUAUAAGAGAUUUUACAAAUUUCUUUUUUUUUUUUUUUUAAAUCUUCCUGAUGCUGGUGAGAGAAAGGAAAUAAAUACCUGUGUAAUACAUAGAAACUUCUGAAAUAAAAUGCCCCUGAGGGUUGAAAGCA